CCUCUCUUUUCUCUCCCUCUACAAACAAAUUACAAAGAAUAAGAGAGCAGUUUGUUUGUGUACGUACGUACCUGUUCUAAACUAUCAAAACGAAGAUGGGAUACAAAGUCUGCUUGAUUGUGCUGAUGGUGGUCUUGGCCAUGGUGGCCCAGUCAUCAGCUAAAGGGCAUGAGGCCAGCUGGGGCCUCAGCUUCACCGCCCACGACGACGAGUCGCUGAUCGACAGAGCCAACAGCAAAGUUGGCGACAUGAUCGGAGAAGAAAACGAAAUGAUGAUGGACUCAGAGAGCAGCCGUCGAACACUUAGAGGGAGUCAAAGAAGGUACAUUGCGUACGGUGCCCUGAGGCGCAAUGCUGUGCCAUGCGGACGCCGCGGCCAGUCCUACUACAACUGCCAAAACAGGCAGAGGGCCAACCCUUACCAGCGCGGCUGCACCACCAUCACCCGCUGCGCCAGACGCUGAAUGUGAUCAAUUCGGUUUAUUUACAAGACCAGAUCAAAGAGAAAUAAAAGAAUAAGAAAAAGAAAUAGUACGUACGUACAAGGAUAUAUAGUGAAAAGAGAAUGAAGGUGGGAUCAAAAUCAUCGAUCAUCAUCGACAUUCAUGCUUUCAAGAUUAUAUGUCUUCCUCCUUUUGAAUUUUAAGAUUAAUUACUGUGUUUGUUGAAUUAUUCUGUAAUCUUUGUUUUGGUUAUAUUUAUAUAUUUUUAUUUACUAUA